GUAGGGACAUUAGGAGGGGGCAUUAGAGCAUUUAGUUCUCUUUUUGCGUGCUUCACUAAGGUCCUUUAGGGAGUCAGCUAUACAGGUACCUACCUAGGUACCUACCCACCUACCUAUCCUAUCAGCUCCAAGGAUCUGCAUCCAGGGCAAGUCCAGGGGUCCUUCUUUACCUGUCAAUGGCGACAGGUACGUCCACGUACGUAAUGGAGGGUGAAUGGUAGGACAUAAUUUUGAUAUCCCGACUUUUUUACUAUAUUUACCUGUAUGAUUUAUUUAACUUUUCCCCUUGCCAAAUAUGUUCAAAUCUCUUCGUCUCCCCUUAAAAGGAAAAUAAUUUUCUAUUAGGGAGCUUCAGUCAGCUUCCUCUUUACUCUCUGCUUCGUCAAUUGGGCUUAUACUUUCAACGGCCAAAGCCAAUACCUACCCUCCAUAGCUAUCAAUUAUGGCGAGCAAAGAGAUUGAUGUCGACGUUCUAGUCAUUGGUGCAGGUCCUACUGGUUUAGGUGCUGCGAAGCGUCUCCAGCAAACCAACCAGGCAUCGUGGCUGAUUGUUGAUUCCAAUGAGACCCCAGGUGGUCUCGCAUCUACGGACGUAACCCCCGAGGGAUUCUUGUUCGAUGUCGGUGGCCAUGUUAUCUUCUCGCAUUACAAAUACUUCGAUGACUGUAUCGACGAGGCUCUACCCAAAGAGUCUGAUUGGUAUACCCACCAGAGAGUCAGUUAUGUCCGCUUCCGAGGCGGUUGGGUACCAUAUCCAUUCCAGAACAACAUUGCCGUCUUAGAUAAGGAGGAGAAAGUAAGGUGUCUAGAAGACCUUAUCGAUGCUGCCCUGGAAUCCCGGGUUCGAUCCCCCCCCGACAAGCCCAAGAACUUUGAUGAGUGGAACAUUAGGAACGUAGGGAAUCGUCUAAACGAGAUCUUUAUGCGUCCAUACAACUUCAGAGUUUGGGCUGUUCCUACCACUAAGAUGAACGCAACAUGGGUUGGAGAACGUGUCGCGGCUCCUAACGUGAAACUACUCACCCGCAAUGUCAUUCUCGACAAGGUAGCUGGAAAUUGGGGCCCGAAUGCUACAUUCCGCUUUCCAGCCAACGGCGGUACAGGUGGCAUUUGGAUUGCGGUAGCAAAGACCCUCGAUGAAAAGAACACACGAUUCGGUGCUCACGGCACUGUGACAAAAGUAGAUGUCGACGCAAAGAAGGUUCACUUGAAAGAUGGCACGGUAGUCAAGUACAGCUCGCUCAUCUCUACCAUGGCUGUUGAUUAUCUUGCCCAGUCUUUAGGCGAUGUAAAACUACAGCAAACUCUCAAGCCGCUCUUCUACUCAUCUACUAACGUAAUUGGCGUCGGAAUUCGUGGAGAACGUCCUUCACGCAUCGGUGACAAAUGCUGGUUGUAUUUCGUUGAAGAAAACUGCCCCUUCUACCGCGCCACCAUUUUCUCCAAUUAUUCGCCCUUCAACCAACCGGGCAAGGACGUCAAGCUUCCAACCAAACAACUCGCCAACGGGGAGAAGCCUGCGUCGUCAGAUGCACAGCCUGGACCUUACUGGUCUAUUAUGCUUGAAGUCUCCGAGUCUUCGUACAAACCAGUCAAACACGAGACGUUACUCGAGGACUCCAUUCAGGGGCUCAUUAACACUAACCUAUUAGAACCGGAAGACGAGAUUGUUAGCACGUACGUGCGUCGGUUUGACCACGGAUACCCCACCCCCAGUUUAGAGCGCAACGGCGUCUUAGCAGAAGCUCUUCCGUACCUCCAGGAGAAGGAUAUUCUUUCUAGAGGUCGUUUUGGAGCUUGGAAGUACGAGGUUGGCAACCAAGAUCACAGUUUCAUGCAAGGUGUUGAAGCAGUUGACCACAUUCUCUCGGGAGGCGUUGAACUGACUUUGAAUAAUCCUGACUUUGUCAACUCCCGUGCUAACACGGAGCGUCGCCUUACUAGCGGAAAGUAAGGAGUAGCUAGUUUAGGUGCUUCAUACACGGCAAGAAGGUAGUCUGGGAAAAGAGGUAACCCCUAAAACAUUGCGAUAAAGGUGACGCCUUUGGUUUGAUUUGAUCCUAUUUUCCUAUCUAGAUAUAUAUAGACUAGACCGUUAGAAGACCGGCAUCCUCUAUAUCGCCUAAUCUAUCGCUGGCGGCUAGAUGAGUACACCUCCAAACCUAAGCAAAAGAUCCUCCAAAAUAUAAAGAUAGA